AUGGGACGAAAAUUGUCACCCGGCAAUGAUGGCUUGGCUUAUUGCGGGAAGGGGAGGGAAGCGGCCGGGAAGUUGGUCAGACGUCGUCUGAAGGUAGCAAGUCAUGGAACGAAUAUGCCUACAUCUUCGACGGCAACACCGGAUGACUUUUUCAAACACAGAUCAAUGGCGGAGAGGACCGGAGUGGACCGGAGUCAAGCGGUCGAGAACGCCUGGCGGAGGGUGAAGGAUGAGGACGAGGAGGAGAACGAGGGCCCGACUGCGCAUGAGCAGCCUUCGGUACCACGACAACCUUGUAGACCCGGGCACCUAGCGGGAAUCGCGAGGCAGCGGAGGAUUUGA